GCGGCGGGGCCGCGGGGACCCCGCGCGGCGGCGGGCGGGGGCUUCCCCCGGAGGAUGCCCGGCGGCGGCGCGAGCUGAGCCGGGCCCGGAGCGGGCGUGACGGGCGCCCCCCGGCCGCCCCCCGCCUCGCCGCGCCAUGGGCUGUAUCCAAAGCAUCACCUGCAAGGCGCGCAUCCGGCGCGAGAACAUCGUGGUGUACGACGUGUGCGCCACCAUCGACCAGUGCCCCACGCGCAUCGAGGAGACCUCGCCCAUCGUCCUGCGCUACAAGACCCCCUACUUCAAAGCCUCGGCGCGCGUGGUCAUGCCCCCCAUCCCCCGCCACGAGACCUGGGUGGUGGGCUGGAUCCAGGCGUGCAACCAGAUGGAAUUCUUCAACACCUACAGCGACCUGGGCAUGUCCAGCUGGGAGCUGCCUGACCUCCGGGAAGGGCGUGUCAAAGCCAUCAGCGACUCGGACGGCGUGAGCUACCCGUGGUACGGAAACACCACCGAGACCGUGACCCUGGUGGGCCCCACCAACAAGAUCUCCAGGUUCUCUGUCAGCAUGAAUGACAACUUCUACCCCAGCGUGACAUGGGCGGUGCCCGUGAGUGACAGCAACGUGCCCCUGCUCACGCGGAUCAAGAGGGACCAAAGCUUCACCACCUGGCUGGUGGCCAUGAACACCAGCACCAAGGAGAAGAUCAUCCUCCAGACCAUCAAGUGGAGGAUGCGGGUGGACAUCGAGGUGGACCCUCUGCAGCUCCUGGGGCAGCGGGCCCAGCUGGUGGGCAGGACUCAGCAGGAACAGCCCCGCAUCCUGAGCCGGAUGGAGCCCAUCCCACCCAACGCGCUGGUCAAACCCAAUGCCAAUGACGCCCAGGUCCUCAUGUGGAGGCCAAAGCGGGGUCCACCUCUGGUGGUCAUCCCUCCUAAGUAGCAGUGCCCUGGCCGGACCAUGCGGGGAGGGCGAGGACGGCGGGGGGAGGGGCCACCCGCGUCUCGGAGACGGCACAGGGAGGCAGCCAAGGGUGGCGGGAGCCAAACUUGAGUUUCUGAGCCAAAGCAGACCUCCGCGCUCUCGGAGAGGACAGGUGGAACCGUGAUCUCUGGGCGGCGCCCCUUCCUUUUCCGGAAUAAAGGAAACCGCAGGUUCCACAGACGCGCUGCUCACCGGGACGCUUCGUGCCACGUGCUCCGUCGUCUCCAUCUUUCCUGGGAGACGGCGCCGGGGAUGGAGGUGGAACGAGGCCGUGCCAGAGGCUCACGCCGCUUCCCCGGGAACGGAAACGUCCACCACGCUGGGUGUUUGUGUGACGGGAGCCGGGCGGGGGCUGGACAGGAUGGUCAGUGGGGAGAGGAAGGAACGAGUCGUUACCAGCAAUCCCCACGCAAGUCCCGUUGGCUGGGAGGGAGCAGAAAGAAGCUUCAGAAAAGCUCAAAGCUCAGGCCGGUGGGAACCGAGCCGCCUCGAGCCCAGCCGGGAGCUGUCCAGGGUGCUGUCGGGAGUAGCCCACGGGCCGGAGGCGGCUGGCCGGUCCGUCUCUGUCCAAAAACUGUGUCUUCAAAGUACCUUUCUUCACGGUGUCUGGAGGCCUGAGUUCCUGUGUCCUGCAGUAGCUGUUUUGGGGCCUCCACCCCGUCUUCAGUGAAAACCCCACACGGAGAUUUUUUUGUUUGGUUUUGUUUACAGCUGCUUAGUCUGUCCCCACACCCAGCCCUAAAUUUACAACAGUCUUUCCCGUGUAGAAGCCAUGAAACGCUGUCGGGAGACUUUUCGAUGGGAAGCGCGUCCCUGUUCUCUCCCUUUCGAAGUUCUGGAACGGUUUGCAGGAGGAAGGCACCACGGACGCUGGGGUGCCCACACUCUCCCUCAGCGGACAGGGCGGUGUGAGCUAUGCCCAGCUUCUUCUCCCUACAUGCAGCUCGUCUGCCGUGUGGCCACGUGUGUGUAGUUUAGCUCGAUUUCCCAGAAGCUCAGCUCUCACGGGGUGAGCGUCUGUGGAAAAGUGCUCCCCAAGAGCUGUUUCGUGCAAAUCUGAGCUGCUCACCUCAGUCCCGCGCUGGCUGUGGUGAGAUGCGACCCUGGGGCAGAGAGGCAGUAUUGACUCACGAGUCAGGUCAAUACAAAAAAAAAAAAAGUUUCAGAGUUUCCAGUCUUGACAAUAAGGAAUUUUCUAACUUGAAUCACACCACCCACUCCCAAAAAAAAGGCCUUUCUAUUCUCAAUAAUGCUAAUAUAUAUUUAUAUAUAGUGUUUUCUAUGUAUACAUAGUUCCUUAUUCAAUGCCCCCUGUGAAAAUAAUGACCAAGUCCCCAUCAGAUCACGGUGGAUUUUCUGGCUGGGCACCCCCCAGCCUGACUUCAGAGGUGAACAGAGUCACAGACCCAGGGCUGGCGCCAAAGAUCCAUCUUUGAAGAUGGAGGAGGAGAAGCAAGAGAAGGGCUUGUUUAUUACUUUUAUUAAAAAUUCAAUUUAGUCUAAUUUCUCUGUC